AUACAAAAUAAAUGCGUGACGCCGCCCGCCCCCGCGGUGUAGCCGCUGGGCGGGCGGGCAGAACAACCGACCAGUUCAUUCUUCGAACCCGUCGCGAAAACUCGUCCAGCUGUCUUGUGAAUUCUGAAAACUUUCAUCGUAUCUCCAUUAAAAUGCCUGCCAGAAACAAGGAACAAGAGCAAGAAGUCCUAACCUGGAUCUUUGAGGUCCUCGGUGAACCUCUACCUAAUGGUGAUUAUGAAGACAUCUUAAAAAAUGGAGUAAUUCUGUGCAAAUUAAUCAACAAGCUCGCUCCUGGAUCUGUAAAGAAGAUUCAAGAAAAAGGAACCAAUUUCCAGCUUAUGGAAAACAUUCAAAGGUUCCAAGCUGCUAUUAAGAAGUACGGAGUGCCAGAGGAAGAAAUUUUCCAAACAGCUGAUCUCUUUGAGAGGCGUAACAUCCCACAAGUGACUCUAUGCCUGUACUCAUUAGGCAGAAUUACUCAGAAGCAUCCAGAAUUCAACGGUCCUCAGCUCGGACCGAAAAUGGCUGAGAAGAAUGAACGUACUUUCACUGAGGAGCAACUAAGGGCACACAAUGCGGAAUUAAACCUUCAAAUGGGCUUCAAUAAGGGAGCAUCGCAAGCUGGUCACGGUGGCUUUGGCAACACUCGUCAUAUGUAAAUGCACAGUCAAAACCUAUAGGUAUCUGAGACCAAUGGGCGCUUUUAUAAUUUAUCGUAGCUCGGUACGGCAUGGUCAUAAAAUAGGAAAGGAGAAAAUUUUAUUCUAAAGUCUCCUUUCAUUGCUCGAUUGUUCCAUAAGUGAUAUGCAUUUCAAAAUAGGCAUAGUAUUCGAUAAUAUUUCGUUCUCUCAUAAAUCAUGCCAUGUUUCACCGUGAUACUGUAAAUUACAAAGAUGUUCUAUACCGAUUUAUUCGGAGUUAGUCAGUAUUUUUAAUGAUUAUAUUUAUUCCAUUCUUGAACUAUUGUCUAUUUAAAACUGACAGGUAACAAGACAGAUUAUUAUUUAUUUUAAAUUUCUCAUUUCAAUUCCUGCUUAACAAUGUCAAAGAUUGUGUGAUAAACAUUGGAUUAUUGUAUCUAAUUAGAAUUAAUAUCUAACAAACGCUAUUUUAUUAAGAUUUUUCUACGACUACGGUGUCAUUUUGUAAAUAUUUAACAUUAUUUUAUUAAACGUUGUUUCUAAGGAA